GCAUUGGCCGGGAGAUUUGCGACUCGGACCAGUUGAUCCAUGUUUAUAAAAUCUAGAUCGUUAUUAUAAUAAAAUAAAAUCUCCUACGCCCUGUUCAUCCGUUGCACACCAUGGAUUCUGCACUCGUGAAGACUCAAGGCGAUCAAAACGACAAGAUGCAAGAAAUUAGCGAGCUGCUUGUUGCGGCCGGUUACUUUCGUGCUCGAAUUAAAGGAAUAUCGUCUUUCGAUAAGAUUGUCGGUGGCAUGGCAUGGGCCAUAGAAGUCUGCGCUGUGGACAUCGAUGUCGACCUUCCAUUUAAUGAGAACCUCAGCAUCGGUCAAAAGAUAUCACUGACCGAGAAGAUUGUGCGAGUGCUGCUUCGGAUGAAAUGUCCGCAUAGGAUCGAACCCCAUCAGAUACAGGGCUCGGACUUCGAUCAUAUAUUUCCCGUGAUUCAAUGGCUUGUGAAAAAGGCCAUUGAAACAAAGGCAGAAACUGAGGACAUUCACCGCGAGUAUGCUGUCUACCUGUUCAAUAAGACUCAUGGCUCUGUCGAUACAUCUGGCAAGGAUACAUCUGGCAGGGUGCAGUCUGCCGCGGCCUUUUCGAAUGCAUAUGGUAUUCUACAGGAGCGGUACCGCCCACGACGUCGCUACCGCCACCAUGCUCGGCACACACUGAAGACAGAAGCUGCCCAGGUUCAGGCCACUUUACUUGAGUACGGCUCUGUUGCGCAUCGAAUGAAAGGGCCUGAGGGCGACCAGUCCCAGCAGGAAUCGGAGGUGAUUCUGAGCAACAUGGCUCCUCUUGCUUCUGCAGAGGGGCGACUCUCUGCCAAGUCUGUGGGCAACAUUGUACAGAAGCAAGCUGCUGAAGCUCGCGAAAUUGCUGAAGACUUGGAGCGAAGGCCAAUGAUCCAGAUGCCUGGUGUUGCCCGGCAUGCAAGGCUGCUCAGCUCUGUCCAAAAGCAGCUAGAAGCCAAAAAAGAGCUUUUGCAAAAGGGUCAGGACCAGCUUGAGAAGCUGCGUGAGGAGUAUGAGCUGCUACAGAAGGAAGACAAAGAGGCCGAGGCUCAGCUUGAAGAAGUGCGUGUGGCUGCUAAGCGCAUUGCUGAGGGUGUUGGAAGCCAGGAGCCACAGCUGGCGAAAUUGUGCACGCUGCUGCGCAUAAAUGCUGAGUUGGCUGACCAGGAGGCUCGCUUCAGAGCCAGCUGCCGGCAAGAGAUGCAGCGGCUGCAGGAGCUCGUGGCUUCUCCAGAGCCAGAGCAGGCAGCUGGCAACAAUGCCGAGGACAGCCAAGUCGAGGCCCAGUGUCAGCAGGAAAGAGAGAGACUGCAACGCAUGCGACUGCUGCUGGCUAAGAAGAACAGGGAGAUUGCAGCCAUUCAAAGGAAGAUUGAUGAAGUGCCAUCCCGUGCAGAGUUGAAUCAGUAUCAACGUCGUUUCGUUGAACUGUACGGCCAAGUGGCAGCUACACACCGAGAAACAAAGCAGUUCUUCACACUCUACAACACCUUGGAUGAUAUUCGCAUGUACUUAGACAAAGAGAUUGGCCUACUUAACUCAGUGCUGGAAAACUUCACAGAAGCCAUGUCAAACCCUGCAGCGAAAGACCAGUUCCUGGCACAGUUUGAGCAGAUUGUUGAAGGUGUGAAGCAGAACCGGCUAAAGGUGGAGAAGAAAAGGCAGGAGGCCAAGAUGUCACGUGACAGACUGCAUGAUAGCCUCCUCGAGUUGGUGGACAAGCAGAGGCUCUACUUCCGCACAGUCAAAGAAUUCAAGGAGGAAUGCCGGAAGAAUGAAGUCCUUGUUGGGAAACUGAAAGAAUCAUCAGGGAAGCAGCGAUGAUGGUUUAUACCUUCCUUGAACUUGCUGCGAUGUCUGCAAGAAUGUCGCACAUUCCAUAGGCCCUUUUUUUUUUUCUUGCAUCUUCUAGGUAUAAUAAAGGAUGAUAUAUGCAUA